UUGUAAAAGAAAAUCACCAACAGAGAUCCAGAUUGGAAAUUGCAACGAUCUCCAACUGCAGCACACAAUAACAUUAUUAUUAGCCCUUUUCUCCUCAGCGACAAAACCGAAAAAUCUCGUACGCUGUACGGACUCCGAGCUCGGCCAUGGGUUCCAACGAUCCCGAUAAAUUGGUCGCCAAAGCCGAUAAACUAACGAAACUGAGUCUCACAAGAUGGAGUGCUGAUUGGAAAAGUGCCACUGUUCUAUAUGAACAAGCUGCUAAUGCAUUUAGGGUUGCAAGGCAGUAUGAGAAUGCAAAAGAAGCAUUCGAAAAGGCUUCUAAAGGACAAGAGAUGAUUUCUUCACCCUGGGAUGCUGCAAAGCAUAUGGAGUCUGCUGCUGCUCUUGCAAAGGAGCUAAGAAAGUGGAGUGAAGUUGCUGAUUUUUAUAGAAGGGCAUCCGAGUUGUAUUUUGAGUGCGGUAGAUCUCAACCUGCAUCUGAUGCUCUUGCAAAAGGGGCUCGUGCUUUGGAAGAAGCUGAUCCGGAUGGAGCAAUCCAAUUAUAUGCUGAUGCUUGUUCUAUUCUCGAAGAAGACAACAGAGAGCAAAUGGCUUUUGAUUUGUACCGUGCCGCCACAAAUGUGUAUAUAAAAGUCGAGAAGUAUGCAGAUGCUGCAACUUUCAUGUUAAAAUUGGGUUUAGCUGCAGAUAAGAGCAAUGCUACUAAUAGCCAGUUUAAGGCAUAUCUUAGUGCAAUCGUUAUAUUUCUUUAUGCUCAUGAUUUCAAGGAAGCAGAGAAGUGCUACAAUGACUGUUCACAGAUCGAUGCGUUUUUGAGCAGUGACCAAUACCGUUGUGCCAGUAAGCUGCUUUCUGCCUAUAGUGAAGGUGAUGUUGAAGAGAUCAAACGUGUAGCUCAGUCAAGCACAAUUUCCCAUCUUGAUAACGCGAUCAUCAAGCUUGCCAGAAAACUGCCUACAGGCGAUGUCAGUUCACUUAAGACUGAUACUAAGGAGGUGGAAGAACCACUUGAUGAAAAUGACCUCACCUAAUUAGCCAGAAUAAUGCUUUUUAUACAGUCGUGUUAUAUUGGGUGUAUUUUAUUAUCUUAAUUGCGUUCACAAGAAUCACAACAGAUAUAUGAAAUGAAAAUCGAUGUGUUAUGUGUUAUUA